GAGCGGCAGGAGCAGCGUUGGCACCGGCGAGCCAUGGCUGGGAUUUUCUGUUUCGUCCUCUUUUCGUUUCUCUUUGGGAUUUGCGACGCUGUCACCGGUUCCAGGGUGUACCCCGCGAACGAAGUUACCUUAUUGGAUUCCAGGUCCGUCCAGGGUGAACUUGGGUGGAUAGCGAGCCCUUUGGAAGGAGGGUGGGAAGAAGUGAGUAUCAUGGAUGAGAAAAACACGCCAAUCCGAACCUACCAGGUGUGCAACGUGAUGGAACCCAGCCAAAAUAACUGGCUCCGAACUGAUUGGAUCACGCGAGAAGGGGCUCAGAGAGUGUACAUUGAGAUUAAGUUCACCUUGAGGGACUGUAACAGUCUUCCCGGCGUCAUGGGGACCUGCAAAGAGACCUUCAACCUGUACUACUAUGAGUCGGACAACGACAAGGAGCGUUUCAUCCGCGAGAGCCAGUUUGGCAAAAUCGACACCAUCGCUGCCGACGAGAGCUUCACCCAGGUGGACAUUGGCGACAGGAUCAUGAAGCUGAACACCGAGAUCCGGGACGUGGGGCCCUUGAGCAGAAAGGGGUUCUACCUGGCGUUUCAGGAUGUAGGGGCCUGCAUCGCCCUGGUGUCCGUCCGCGUGUUCUAUAAAAAAUGCCCCCUGACGGUUCGCAAUCUGGCCCAGUUUCCCGACACCAUCACCGGGGCAGAUACCUCCUCCCUGGUGGAAGUUCGAGGCUCCUGUGUCAACAACUCGGAAGAGAAGGAUGUGCCAAAAAUGUACUGUGGGGCAGAUGGUGAAUGGCUGGUACCCAUUGGCAACUGCUUGUGCAACGCUGGGCACGAGGAGCGCAAUGGAGAAUGCCAAGCCUGCAAAAUUGGAUAUUACAAGGCCCUCUCCACGGAUGCCACGUGUGCCAAGUGCCCACCCCACAGCUACUCUGUCUGGGAAGGAGCCACCUCCUGCACCUGUGACCGAGGCUUUUUCAGAGCCGACAAUGACGCCGCCUCCAUGCCGUGCACCCGGCCACCGUCUGCCCCCCUCAACUUGAUUUCAAAUGUCAACGAGACCUCGGUGAACUUGGAGUGGAGCAGUCCUCAGAACACAGGUGGCCGCCAGGAUAUUUCCUACAACGUGGUUUGCAAGAAAUGUGGAGCUGGUGACUCUAGCAAGUGCCGACCCUGUGGGAGUGGGGUUCACUACACCCCGCAGCAGAAUGGCCUGAAGACCACCAAAGUCUCCAUCACUGACCUCCUUGCUCACACCAAUUACACAUUUGAAAUCUGGGCGGUGAAUGGAGUAUCCAAGUAUAACCCUAGCCAGGACCAGUCGGUGUCUGUCACCGUGACAACCAACCAAGCAGCACCAUCCUCCAUUGCUUUGGUCCAGGCUAAAGAAGUUACAAGAUACAGUGUUGCUCUGGCUUGGCUGGAACCAGACCGGCCCAAUGGGGUGAUUUUGGAAUAUGAAGUCAAGUAUUAUGAGAAGGAUCAGAAUGAGCGAAGCUAUCGGAUUGUUCGGACAGCUUCCAGGAACACAGAUAUCAAAGGCUUGAACCCCUUGACUUCCUAUGUUUUCCAUGUCCGAGCCAGGACAGCAGCUGGCUAUGGAGACUUCAGUGAACCCCUGGAGGUUACGACCAACACAGUACCUUCUCGGAUCAUCGGUGAUGGAGCCAAUUCCACAGUCCUUCUGGUAUCCGUCUCAGGAAGUGUGGUGCUGGUGGUAAUUCUCAUCGCUGCUUUUGUCAUCAGUAGGAGACGGAGUAAGUACAGUAAAGCAAAACAAGAAGCAGAUGAAGAGAAACAUUUGAACCAAGGUGUUAGAACCUAUGUGGAUCCCUUUACUUACGAAGAUCCCAACCAAGCUGUUCGAGAAUUUGCCAAAGAAAUUGAUGCAUCCUGCAUUAAGAUCGAGAAAGUCAUAGGAGUUGGUGAGUUUGGCGAAGUGUGUAGCGGACGGCUAAAGGUGCCUGGCAAGAGAGAGAUCUUUGUGGCCAUCAAGACUCUGAAAGCUGGCUACACCGACAAGCAGAGGAGAGACUUCCUGAGUGAGGCCAGCAUCAUGGGACAGUUUGACCACCCGAAUAUAAUUCACCUGGAAGGUGUUGUCACCAAAUGUAAACCAGUAAUGAUCAUAACAGAAUACAUGGAGAAUGGCUCCCUGGAUGCAUUCCUCAGGAAGAAUGAUGGCAGGUUCACAGUCAUUCAGCUUGUGGGCAUGCUUCGUGGCAUUGCAUCCGGGAUGAAGUACUUAUCUGAUAUGAGCUAUGUCCAUCGAGACUUGGCUGCACGGAACAUUCUAGUUAAUAGCAACUUGGUCUGCAAAGUGUCUGAUUUUGGCAUGUCUCGAGUGCUUGAGGAUGAUCCGGAAGCAGCUUACACCACCAGGGGUGGCAAGAUUCCUAUCCGGUGGACGGCGCCAGAAGCCAUUGCCUAUCGUAAAUUCACAUCAGCAAGUGAUGUAUGGAGUUAUGGCAUCGUUAUGUGGGAAGUGAUGUCGUAUGGAGAGAGACCCUACUGGGAUAUGUCCAAUCAAGAUGUGAUUAAAGCCAUCGAGGAAGGCUAUAGACUACCCCCGCCAAUGGACUGCCCUAUUGCACUGCACCAGCUGAUGCUAGACUGCUGGCAGAAGGAGAGAAGCGACAGGCCCAAAUUUGGGCAGAUUGUCAACAUGUUGGACAAACUCAUCCGCAAUCCCAACAGCUUGAAGAGAACGGGAACCGAGAGCUCCAGACCUAACACUGCCUUGUUGGACCCGAGCUCCCCUGAAUUCUCUGCUGUGGUAUCUGUGGGCGAUUGGCUCCAUGCCAUUAAAAUGGAUCGAUAUAAGGACAACUUCACGGCUGCUGGUUAUACCACACUAGAGGCUGUAGUGCACAUGAACCAGGAUGACCUGGCUAGAAUUGGUAUCACCUCUGUGACUCACCAGAAUAAGAUUUUGAGCAGUAUUCAGGCGAUGAGAACCCAGAUGCAGCAGAUCCAUGGCAGAAUGGUUCCUGUCUGAGCCAAGACUGACUAAACUCAAAACUCUUGAAAUUAGUUUACCUCAUCCAUGCACUUUAAUUGAAGAACUGCACUUUUUUUACUUCGUCUUCGCCCUCUGACGUGAAAGAAAACAAACAAACAAAGUCUGCCAGCGUCGUUCGGUGUACAGAUUUCGGAUAUACGGUGGGGCUCACAGCUAUGAUAACCGUCAUUUGCAUCCGACCUGGAAGAAGUUGUUUCUCAGAAGUCCUUCCAUCCAUCGCCGUUUGUAAGAUACAUGUACCUAUAUAAAUAAAGAACACCGCCUCCGAGUUGUAAUGCCAUCUUUGCCACCAGACCUGGGCUUCUCUGAGACAUCUUGGGAUCCUUUCUCCAUUCGGAAUUACAACAUCACAUUUUGUUUGUGGCAUUACAUUCGUCACCCUUCUUUCACUGGAAUGAAGAUCAUGCCCAGCAACUUUGGGAAAGGACUUGGGGGUGGAUUUGAAAGCUUCGAAAGAAUAAAAAAAAAGACACCCCAUGGUGGGGGGAGGACAAAAAGCCACCACCGAGUGAAAGCCACCUCCACAUUCCUCCUCAGUGUUGCUCCUUCAGUACUCAGGUCACCUGGUGGAGGAUGAUGACGUGAGGGUCUGAAAAGCAAAGGAGAGUGGAUGUAAUGAUAACAGUAAUAAUGAUAAUCAUCAUCAUCAUCAUCCAGCACCAUACCCCCUUAAGGACAAAGGAGGUCUGUUUCUUUGGGCCUGGCUGUGCCAUUUAAGCCUUCUUUAGAGACUUGACAGACUUAUCAUAACUCCCUUAUGGAUAGCGGACUCUGACAAUCUGGAGAAGGGAUGCUCAGACUUCCCUUCUUCAAAGAAACAACCCCAAAUCUGCAAGGGAGUAGAUUCUGCUAUCUUGGCCUCACAGCCCUUCCUGUUGAUUACAAAGCCCAGAGAUGAAAACAGAACACGCCCUCCUCCGUCCCUCCUACCCGGGAUCCUUCUGCUCCGUGACUCUGCCCGUGCUGGACCCAAGACCCAAGACAUUGAUGAAACAAGACCCAGACCUGAAAGGAAUCAAGAUGUGACUUUCUGAGCUCGGUUCCCAGUGAAAGAAACAGCCAACGUUUUCACUCUUCAGCAUCAGUUCUUCAGUCGCGCUGAGGAACGCCCCUCCGGGCAGCGCCAUCCCCGCAGAGCCCUUGUUCCCAUACUCCUUGUGGUUUUAUUUAUAUGUGUUUCCAUAGCUCCUUCCUGAACGUCACUGCUGCAUCGGUAUGGCAGCGAGUGACCAAAGACUACAGAUUUUUCCUAUGGACGCCAGGUCAGGUGCGACCCCAGAAGCAAAGCCAGUUCCCGUGAGCUGCCUCUGAUAUGCAUUGCUGAAGUAACAUUUUACCCAGGGUGUGCCAUUGCCGUGAUACAAAUAUAUUUUUUUCCUAGACUAAAUAUGAGCUGACUAUCUCUUUUGAUGUGUGUAUAUAGCUGUGUGUGUGUGUGUGUGUGUGUGUGUGCGUGCGCGUGUGUGUGUGUUUGUAACCUCAUGCUUAGAACUGCCCGCGAAUGUUGUGGAUGGAGAUUUCUGGUUUGCCACCAGUUUCAAGAUGAAAAACCACGCGAGAUAGUGGGCGGUAAGAACCAUGCCCAUCCCCUUAGAAAGACAACCUGGACGUUUGCAAUGUCCUAUUAUCUAUAAGUAUUCUGUAGCCGCCACACUAACCUUAACACAUAUUUCUACAGUUUUGGACAGAGGCAUUUCCGCCUUAGUGGUGGAGUGGUUUUUGUAUGUGAAUCCAUUCAGGUGACAACUCAUCGUCCAAACCACGGAUUUUGAUCGAACUCAUCUGAAUCACCAGUUCCUUGAUGGAGAAAGAGAAGGGGAUGAAAUGUGUCUGGUAACGCAAAUGGAAUACAAGUAGCCUUUGUUUUCCCGCAUAAAUGGACUUGUUGAAUGCGAACAAAUAUAUGCAAUUCCUAUACGUGCAGAAAUGAGCGUAGAUGUGUGUGUUGGCUUUGAGAUGAUGUAUCCUGGGUUAAUACUUUGUCUCCCAAUGUCACAGAAAAAAUAAAUACAUGCCAGUGACUCUUGAGGUUAGCAGAGUUGGGAUUAAAUGGCCUCAAGUAAUUUCAGGUUCCCAAUUGAUAUGGAAAGUUCUCCAGUUAAAAAUAUGCAGCUAACUCCUUUGGUCCUCAAAAGUACAUCAGCCUUCUAGAAUCUGAGGUCCGGUAUGUGAAGAGUGAAUUUGGAUAGGAUAUGUAUACCAAACUCCAGCCAAGAUACUGCCAUUUUUCAUAAUCUGAGUGGCUGCCUUGCUUAUUCCAAGGUAUGGCUGCAGAAACUGUGGCCAUUUAUAUUAGCUCUAACAUCAAAUCAGGGAAAAAAUGGGGGGAAAAAGAUUCUGAGCCCUAUGUUGUUGAAUUAAACAGAGAAAUUCAUCAAUAAAUAUUUAUUACAUUCUGACAGGGUGUAUGGCAUUGUAUUCUCAUAACUAUGCCAGAGUGACAAAGUUAAUUCACCCCUUUUAGGGGACUUUAAUAUAUUUUUAAAGGGAUGUGCCUAUGCAUUGAUGCCUGAAAAAUAUGUACAAAGGGAUGAGGCUGAAUCUCGGAGUGAGUCAUCUUUCUCCAGAGGUCAGGGCAGGACACCAACUUCAGGGACUGUGUCUAGCCCCAGGAGUGAGUGUGAGCCUGUUGAGCUGGAAGGCUCAACCAUGUACAGACCACCACGGGGUAGCUUUUCACUGUUCUCCUGCUGCACCAAAUCAAGUCGCUUCACCAUGUGUCCACUGUCCCCAAAUUAUUUUUACCAAUCUGAUGAAUGAAAUGUUCUGGUGUGUUUUUAAGAAGUUCUUUUCAAGACGCGUUGUACUCACUACACUGCUAAGGUGUGUGUUUUGAGACCUCUUGUAUUCAAUCUGUGAAGGAUAUGUGUAUUAAUCCAUACACACUGAUAGCCUCAAUAUUUGUCUGAAGACACUUAAAUUCUAACCCAUAAGGAAAGUUCUAGAAGCAAUAUUUUCACUUAUUUAACAUACUCCAAAUGACAUCUAGCAUUGAUACACACUGCAGAGUGCAUUUAUUUUUUUGUAUCACUCCAAGUAUGUUGGAAUAUGCAAGGACUGUGGUUAAAAUGAGAAUGUAUACACAUAUUAUAAUUUAGUUCAUUCUGAAAAAAGAAAUUAACAGAACGUUGCUUGGUUUUUCAUACAUGUUCCAGAAUUUGAGCUCUCUCUUGAGUUAGACAUAGAUUUUCUAUUUUGUUUGACUUGUCAAGGUAUUUUUCUUCCCUUCAUGAACUUUAGGUACACAUAACUUAUGUCAUUUAUUUAUGGUCUUUUAUACCUAGUUUGUAAAAUUGUAAAAUAGCAAACUAAAUGCAAAGGGUUUGCAUUUGAAAAUAAUAAAGUAGUUGCAGUAUACAAACCUGGAA